CUAUCAUCUUGUUCACCUACUCCCUUCACAUCCAACACAGAGAAAGAUGGGUGGAUCAAGAAGAAAAUACAAGCGAAGCAGAACCAAGGUCCGCGUAGGGCUACCGAAGAAAAACCCUCAUGUGUUCAAACCAGCAUUCUCUCUCCCACCUAAGUUUCGAUCUAUCGUCGAUUUGUCGAAAACCAAAUGGGACGAUCAAGGCAGUGUUCUUGAGAACUACAGGUCAUUUGGUGUUGUUUCCAACCCUAAUUUGCUCGGUGUCCGUUCUCGCACUUCUAAAAUUAUCGAGAGCGAGUCUCUCCAACUCCCUCCUCCCAAAUCCGAUGGUCCAAUCUCUGAAUUUGAGCCAAUUGAUUCCGGCAGCGAACUCGAAGAAGAUGAUGUAAAAUCAGCACUUGGGAAAAAGCGUGCAGACGGGAAAACAGCUCCCUUGCAACCAUUAACAGCCAUGCAACGGCUUCAUAUCGGAGCACUCAUGGAGAAGUAUGGAGACGAUUAUCAAAGCAUGUUUAUGGAUACAAAGCUUAACAAGCUGCAGCACUCAGUUGCAACUCUUGAGAAGCUGUGCAAGAGAUACCAUAUGUAUAAAGAUAAGAACCCAAUGCUUGUUCCUCUUUGAUUUAUUAGUUCUACUUGGAGAACCAAAGAUGAGUAGUACCCUUAAUUCUAGGAAGCUGCAUUUCAAAGCAAAUUUUCAACUGUUGAUCCUAGUUUUGGCAUUUCAUUGUAAUCCUAUAUGUUUUUGGGGUCAUACAUGCAACUAUUUGCUUCUUUUAUUAGGUCUCUUUAUUUGCUAUUCGGAGUAGAUGUCAGUUCUAAGUACAUAUAAUCCUCCCUAAACUCCAUCUCCAGGUGGGAUAUAUUGGCUUCAUGUGGGAUAUUGUGGGUUCGUUUGGUU